AUGGCUGGCGGACGCAAAUCCAAACCUGCGGUGACCGCCUCACCGCGACAGACUCUGAUCCUCGACAACGGUGCACAUACGAUCAAGGCGGGGCUGAUUCCAACCAAAGAAUCGCCCGAUGCUGCUGCGGAUGGGGACGACAAGACACCCGACGCGGCGGCCUCGUCGGAUGCCGGCAAGCCCAAAAUUUCGAGGAUACCAAAUUGCAUCGCCAGAGACCGCCACCGUAAAACAUAUGUCGGCUCUGAGCUGAGCAAGUGCAAGGACUUUGGCGAGAUCGCUUUCCGUCGCCCGGUCGAGAAUGGCUACAUCGUUAAUUGGGAGGCGCAAAGGGAGAUUUGGGACCGCGAGCUUUUCGACAAGAAGACUGCUUCACAGCUAUGUGAUCCUUCCGAGACGAGGCUGAUACUGGCCGAGCAGCCGGGUGCUCUGCCUGCGUUGCAGACAAACUGCGACCAGAUGGUGUUUGAGGAGUUUGGCUUUGCCAGCUACUAUCGCGGCAUUGGCCCCGCUUUCAAUGCAUACCAUGACAUACAAAGCAUCUUCCACACCCCACCAGAAGCAAAUGCAGUCAAGCAGGUCCCCGCCGAGAUCAUGCUCCUGAUCGACUCUGGGUACUCGUGCACCACAGUGACACCCUUGCUCCGCGGCCGGCCAUUGCACUCGGCCGUGCGCCGACUCAACGUCGGCGGAAAGUUCCUGACCAACUAUUUGACGCGUCUGCUGUCGCUCCGACACUACGACAUGCGUAACGAUACGUAUAUUGUCAACGAGAUGAAGGAGAAAGCGUGUCGCGUGUCUUUGGAUUUCAAGUCAGAUCUCGAAAAAACGUGGAAGGGCACAAGAGGGGAAAGGCGAGAAUCAUACCUGACAGGGGGUGGGAUAGCAAAGGAUUACGUCCUGCCAGACUUUCACUCGCGCUCAGAGGGCAUAGUCCGCGACUACGAUCCACAGCGCGCCGCGGGACGCGCGAAACGGAUGGCCGCAGCUGCGCAAGACCCGGAAGCAUUUGCAGACGAAGACGUCCUGACGCUGAGGAACGAGCGGUUCGUCGUACCUGAGUUACUCUUCAACCCGUCCGAUACGGGUCUUCGACAGCCUGGUCUGGCCGAGCUAGUAAUGCAAUCGCUGUCAGAGCUUCCCAUCGGACUUUGGCCAGGUCUUUUGGCCAACAUUGUCGUCGUGGGCGGCAACGCUCUUUUCGACGGUUUUAUCCAGCGGCUGCAAAAGGAGGUCGUACAGCUGGUUCCCGACGAGUGCAUCGUCCGCGUUGCUAGACCAUUUGAUCCCAUCACGAGUACGUGGGAGGGUGCAGCCAACUUUGCGCGACACGAGCAUGCUGAAAAGCUCGCCGUCACGAAACAGGAGUACGAGGAGUAUGGGAGCCAAUGGGUUGCGAGGAAGUUCGCCCUUGGUUUAGCUGCCGACGACCUCUAG